AUGUCGUGGAUGGACUCCUGGUCCCGGCCUUCUAAGCACGCCGUAACCCCACCACCCCUCUACCUAACCGUUGGCGACACAGUGCCCUACUGCCAUAGCUGCGGCCGCGUCAUCAGUGAGCGCCGCAAAACGCAAAAUGCAACAGAAGUCAAGUACUGUUCCACACGAUGCCGAAAUAACAAACCGGGCCCUAUCGACCGAAAGAUCGAAGCUACCUUUGCUGCGCUCCUUGAUGGCGCGAGUCCGGAAAGUUUGAAAGAGAAUGCAGGAGCAGAUCCUAUUAAGAGGACUGCGGAGACGGGCAAUGCGCAUGAGGAGGGGGAGGAGAAAGGUGGCAAAGGUGGAAAGGGGAAGAAUGGACAUAAGAAGAAGUUCUCCAAGAAUAGCAUCAAAGGAGAUCACAGGAUCAUCGUCGAAUGUAGCACGGUAGAGGAGAUAGUCUUCCAACGCGAAAAAGAUCCCGAGAAAGUAUAUGGACGACGCAAGAAUCGCAAAGCGAGGUUCGUAGUUGAGAAACCUGAGGAUUGGAAGAGCGUAGAUAUGGUCGAUCAACCUGCUUCCACCACAGCAACCGCAUCUGCAGCAGCAGUAGCAGCAGCAGCGACAAAACCGCCAUCACAGGACUACACCAGCGACGAGGAGGACACGGUGUCAGAUUCAGACAACGAAGCUGAAGGCGGCGUUGUUCUCGAGCCGACAAAGUCAGCAGACCCUGUUCCGGACGUUGUAGAGUACGGCUACGGCAGUGGAAAAGUGCGGCCACCACAAGACCAAAACGACGUCAAUGGCAGCGUCGGCGGAGAAAAAGGCUGGGCCGAACGGAUCCACGAGACUGACGAGAUGAAACUUAAACGACGAGAAGGGCAGAGGAAGGCUGAUGAGAGGGAGAAGGUACGGCAAGCUGCGAGACGGGGGUGUGCGUUUGGUUUCACCGUACCUGACGAGGCGGAGAAGAGGAAGUGCGAGGCUGUUAUGAAAGGUGUUGUUGUAGAGAGUAGUUUUGCAAAAGGGGAAUGGGGAGUUAGGUGGAGGGAACGUGUGUGA